AUGAGUAUCAGGCGAACAUGCUGUGUAGGCGAACUGUUUAUCGUCCGGUUUACUUACUCUGCCGCCUGCGGCGGUGGUUCGGUAGAGGGGAAUUCCGAAAACGAUCCGGGUCGCAGAACUACGAUGCAGUUGCCUGUUUGGCGCCACUUUUACUCUGAUUGUAUUGAUUCUUGUUGUAACGAUUCGUCUGUCUGUAGGACAGCCUCGCUUCGUGUAUUGUUUCUCAGUGUGUGCAGUACGCCGGCAUACGUAUUGCUGAGGUUGUCUGUAUCUGUGCGCUUGUUGACCGUGUUGUGUGUGUUUACAAUAUGGCAUGUUUCGAGUAUGUGUAGGUUCUGUUGCUUAAAACUAGAAUCCUUCUGUUGCUUAAAACUAGAGUCCUUCUUCGAGAACCAAGAUUCGUUUUACGACCGGCACGUAAGAAACAACUCGAGUAGGACAGACAGGAAGUACCAAGCGAUCAUCGAUCGGUCGCUAGAGGCCACCGCGAACCGGACGCCGAGCCACAACACAAAAUCGUUGUUCAAUAGCACUGACGUCACUGUUCCAAAAGACGUCGAGCUGCUUCUCAGUAUGGGAUCGAAAUUCGCGUUACCAUACACGGAUAUGAAUGAGCUCCCUAUCUACCACCUGAUAGCGGACGUAGAGAACAUCAUUCAAACAAACAACGAGGAAGCGAUCCAGGAACGCAACAGGUGCGCGGUUGCAAACCAAAUCCAGAAUUUUCUCCACGCAGAGAGGGGAAAAGGGAGACACGAUGCGGUGACCAAUUUCUACCGCACCACCAUCAGAUCAACGAGAGCGUUUCUAAAGCAACACCCCGAACUGGUCAUUGCGGAGGCGGACAAGGGGAACAGAACAGUGGUGAUGAAACGGGACGAAUACGAGAGCAAAAUGCAACGCAUGAUCGACGAUGACGAAACGUACUUGAAGCUCAACCGAGAUCCAACGGCAGGGUACCAGAAACGUAACAACAAUUUCGCCAAGCGCCUGGCGGAUUUGAAGCUCAUCGAUCGUGCCACCGAAAGGAGGAUGAAAACCUACAAAGCGACAGCUCCCCGAAUAUACGGUGCACCAAAAGCACACAAGGAGGGACUACCACUGAGACCGGUGGUACCGUGCAUGACGUCACCGUCGUACACACUGUCACAGUUCGUAGGCAAAAUCAUCCAAAAAUCCAUCACCGGCAAGUACAAUGCGACGGACUCGUACACGUUCUGCGAGUACAUUAACAGCGUGCAACUGCCACCGGACUACGUCCUUAUUUCCUUGGACGUCGUGUCGUUGUUCACGUGUAUCCCCAAGAACCUGGUGAUACGUGACGUCAUCCACAACUGGGAAAAUAUCAAGCAACACACCGACAUAAACUUAGACUUGUUCCUGGAGAUGACCGAGUUCUGCAUCGAUUGUAGCUACUUCCGGUUCAAGGGACAGUUCUAUCGACAAGUUUUCGGCACAGCGAUGGGUAAUCCGCUAUCACCCACCAUCGCGGAUCUAGUGAUGGAGGCAUUACUAGACAACGUCGUUGCGAGAAUCGAUUUCCCGUUCCCCGUGUUGAAGAAGUAUGUGGACGACCUGAUGCUGGCAGUCCCCAAGGACAAGAUCGAGGAGGUGAGGAAAAUCUUCAAUGAAUACAACGAGAAAAUCCAGUUCACAGUGGAGGUUGAAGAAAACGGGAAAAUUCCCUUUCUCGACCUGCUACUGGUUCGACAACCCGACCAAACGAUCAAAACCGAGUGGUACAUGAAGCCAAUCGCCUCAGGACGGUUUCUGAAUUACCACUCGGCGCACAGCAUCAAACAGAAGGUAAACGUGGCAAACAAUUUCAUCCGCCGUGUCCAAACCUUCUCAACCAACGUCGAUACAGCCACAACACGUGACAUCAUCACCACCCAACUCAAACUGAACGAUUACCCCACCACGAUGAUCAACCGCCUCAUCGAUCGAUCGAGAGAACGACAAGUUAACCCUACCAACGAAGACGUCACAGACAGCGAGGAAACGAUCUACCGUUCCAUGGUACAGGUUGGGCAGUUAUCAGGAAACAUUCAGAAAAUCCUGAAGAAAGACUACCCAAAUGUGACCAUUAGCUCAAAAAAUGCGAAAACCGUCGGUAACAUGCUGCCUCCGGUGAAAGACGUCGAGGAUAAAAACAGUAGAUCGAACGUGAUUUAUAAUAUCCCAUGCGCAGACUGUCCUGCGUGUUACGUAGGCAUGACGACGAACAAGCUGCAAACGAGGAUCUCUAGUCACCGCUCCUGUUCCAACCGGCUACAAAGCUUGUGGGACCAGGGCAAGACGACGGAGGACGUGGAGGUUGCACAGCUGCGAGAACGGACGGCGCUACUAGACCACUCGGCAGCCAACCAUCAUGUCUUCGCAUUCGAUCGUACACGAAUAGUGGAUUCUAGUUUUAAGCAACAGAACCUACACAUACUCGAAACAUGCCAUAUUGUAAACACACACAACACGGUCAACAAGCGCACAGAUACAGACAACCUCAGCAAUACGUAUGCCGGCGUACUGCACACACUGAGAAACAAUACACGAAGCGAGGCUGUCCUACAGACAGACGAAUCGUUACAACAAGAAUCAAUACAAUCAGAGUAAAAGUGGCGCCAAACAGGCAACUGCAUCGUAGUUCUGCGACCCGGAUCGUUUUCGGAAUUCCCCUCUACCGAACCACCGCCGCAGGCGGCAGACGAUACGUUCGUCUGGGACAAAUUUGGCCUAUGCUGUGGGCCUAUGUUACGAGAGAACGGAGCAUAGUUAAAUCCUUGAGAAAGGCACAAUAUAGUGACCGAAACGUCGGAUGAAGACUUAACAAUCCGUUUUUGAGUUAUCUUCCAAGACUGAAAGCCAUAACCUCAAAACAUAAGAUCAACAGUCGAUUCCUUAAGAAAGUUUACUCUGAAGAGAACUCCAAAUUAGUACAUGGCGACCUAAGACAGGUUUUGCCUUCUCCGCAGCAAAAGUGUGAAAGUGAUACAGUUCGUUAUCGCGGGUGCGUACGUGCUAAUAAAACUACUACUAAAGUUGCACAAAUCACACACGGAACGGCUGGCAGAAAGAGCCGCUCGACGAGCCGCUGCCCAUCCAAUCUAACAGUUAUAAGGAAGUGUCGAACUUUACUGUACUGUGUGGAGUAGUUGAAAUAAAUAAUAACAUUUUUAUUGGAAACAUUAAGUGCAAAUGACUAAGUAACUAUACAAUGACGGAACACAAGAUAAACAGUUUAGUGUUCACAUUGUGUUACACACAAAUCAGCAGCAGCAGCGAUCUCCAACGGAAUGCAAACGAACACCAGGAGUUCGAUUGUGGAACUUCGAGAUGACAUAGUGGACAUACUCAUGUGGAAAAUCGAACACUACUAGUGGCAGUGCAGACGAAGAAACAACAUAACAAACGGGUCAUCCGGCAACAUGGAGCCGAACCCAACAAGGGCGCAACAUGGAGCGACCCCAACGUAGCUUCGUCGUUGCUGCUGAGACUUGCAGAUGAUAUACUAGCGUGAGUGAUGAUUUAAUUUAAUAGUUAAAAAUAAAUAAGUACCGAAACAAUUUAGUUAAAAUGGUGUAUUCAAGUGGUGUUUGACAUUGUAAUAUUCAAAAAUGUGUGACUUACUGAAAGAUCUUGUUUGAAAGUAAAUUACCAAAUCUCAUAAAUCCUGUACGAGAAUUAAUUAUCCGGAAGCCUAACAGUGACCUCAUCCGAUUUUAAAAAGAAGAGAGUUAAAUGGAAAAAAAUGUUGUCAAAAAUAUAGAACAACUUGCACUUACUUUGAGAAAUCUGAGGAAGGCACCAAACAGGAAAUUUUUGAGGAAAACACUAGUAGACAAGUUAGUAAAGGCUCGUAAUCUUUAUGAAGCAAAUUUAUACCUCUUAGACGAAUUCGAAUGUUCUAAUCAAAAAAUCCUCUUAAGAAAAUCCAGAGAUAUUUUUAGUGAAAUUAAAAUUUUUAUCGACGUGCGACUUGAUAAGGCCAAACAUCUCAUACGUUUUAAAACAAUUGUAAAACUUAUCAUUAUUGUCGAAAAAUUAUACCGCAAUAACAAGAUGACAACUCCGAAGGUGGACCUUAAACUUGGAACCGCAGUGGUCCAAGUUUAUGAUGGAAGCCAAGAAGGCCUGAGUCCAUUUAUUGACUCAGUUGGCUUAUUCGUAGACACGGUCAAAGCGGAAUUUGUAACGGCAACAGCAGCUCAAAAAACAGCCGCAGAUGUUACCGUUAAAAAAUUCGUGAUGACCAGACUAAUUGGAAAAGCGAGAUCGGCCGUAGGCGAGAACCCGGCAGAUCUCGAUGAAAUAUUAAACCACUUAAAAAAUAGAUGCGGUCUGGCAACGUCUUCAGACGUAUAUGUUUCGAAAUUAGGAGCUUUGAAACAAUCUGGUGAUGUCAACAAAUUCACCACGGAGGUCGAAAAUUUGACCUUCCUUUUAGAAAAGGCUUACAUCACGGAGCAAAUUCCGGUUGAUGUGGCGAACAAAAUGGCAAUAAAGCAAGGAGUGAAGGCUCUUAGUACCGGCGUUCGUAACCCCGAUACGAGGCUCAUUCUAAAAGCCGGACAAUUUGCAACAUUGUCCGCAGCAAUAGAGAAAACACUGAGCAACGAGGCUACAACAGCAACACCUAAUACUAACACGAUAAUGUUCGCUUCACGCCGCGGACAUAACAAUCGCGGCAGAAAUAAUUUCAAUAUGAAUCACUACGGACAACGCCACAACGAUUAUCGUGGAGGCAGAGGAGGAUUCCAUAGUGGUCGUGGAAGACGACCCUAUGGAUCUCCAUCUCAGCGUGGAAGAGCAUCUCACAGAGGCUUCCACCGCGGAAAUAUGCAACCACGCAUAUUUUACGCAGAUGUUGGACACAUGGUUCCACCUCAACAACAAAACUUGACAAACUCAGGACGCAUAUGUCCUAACCAACAGCAAAUGCAACCACAGUACCAACCACAGGUACAGCAACCGCAACAGCCGCAGCAACAUUUUUUAGGCCAACUACACAACUUUUAACCAUCAACGCGUCAGCAUCGAAUUUCAUAAAGGCACAUGUCGAAAUGACAAAUUCGGUGUGUACCUUUAUGAUAGAUUCAGGAGCUGACGUAUCGGUGUUCAAAGCUAACAAAAUUCUGGGAAGUCACCAAAUCGAUGUAAAUAGAAAAUGCAGUAUCUCCGGAAUUUCCGGUGAAAAAAUUGAAACACUGGCAACAACAGUUACGGCAUUGACAUUUUCAAAUACCCUCACAUUGCAUCACGAAUUCCAUUUAGUAGGAGACGAAUUCCCAAUAUUCACCGAUGGAAUAUUGGGAAGAGACUUUCUAUCCUUGUAUAAAUGCACAAUAAACUACGAAUAUUGGAUUUUAAGUUUUAAUUUUAACAAUGCAGAAGUAAAUGUAAUGAUUGAAGACAAUUUCAAUGAAGGUAUAAUAGUUCCGGAAAGAUGCGAAGUAAUUCGCAGAAUUCCGAAUGUACAGGUAGCCGAGGAUUCUGUAGUGUGUUCACAGGAAAUCCAAAAUGGAGUUUUCUGUGGGAACACUUUAGUAUCACCUAAUGCUACAUACGUUAAAUUUAUUAACACAACGAGUAAACCUGUGUUAAUCCAUAAUUUUAAACCAGUAAUUAAACCCCUCAAUCAGUUUAUAAUAGCCAGCAUCCAAAAAGGGGAAAACGACACAAAUAAACGUAUUGAUAAGAUUAAAAAUAAAAUUAAAAUAUCUGAAAUUCCUUCAUUUGUCAGGACCAAAUUUGAAAAGGUACUGGAGGAAUUUAAUGACAUAUUUGCACUAGAUACAGACAACCUCACAACUAACAAUUUCUACGAACAAAGCAUCAACCUAACCGAUAACGUGCCUAUGUAUACUCCUAACUACAGAAGCAUACACGCACAGAACGAUGAAAUUGAAUCACAAGUUAAAAAACUUUUGGAAAACAAUAUAAUCGAAAACUCUGUGUCGGCGUAUAACUCACCAAUAUUAUUGGUGCCGAAAAAGUCAAACACAUCAGACUUGUAGUGGAUUUCAGACAGUUAAACAAAAAGAUUCUAGCUGACAGAUUUCCAUUACCCAGAAUAGACACGAUUCUAGACCAAUUAGGCAGGGCCAAAUAUUUUAGUACAUUGGAUUUGAUGGCAGGUUUCCAUCAAAUUCCUUUGAGCCCAGAGUCCCGCAAGUAUACAGCGUUCUCUACACCUUCAGGGCACUAUGCCUUCACCCGUUUACCAUUUGGACUUAAUGUGAGUCCAAAUAGUUUUCAACGGAUGAUGACAAUUGCUAUGGCAGGUUUAACACCUGAGUGCGCGUUCGUGUACAUAGACGAUAUUGUCGUAAUAGGAUGUUCAGCAGAGCAUCACAUCAAAAAUUUGAUAAAUGUCUUUAAAAGAUUGAGGCAUUACAAUCUAAAAUUAAACCCCGAAAAAUGUCAAUUCUUCAAAACAGAAGUAACAUAUUUAGGACACAAAAUUACAGAUCAGGUAAUUCUUCCUGAUGACACAAAAUUCGAAGUAAUCAAAAACUACCCAAUACCAACAAACGCGGAUGAAACUCGCCGCUUCGUCGCGUUUUGUAACUAUUACCGUAAGUUCGUACCGGAUUUUGCUAGAUUAGCCAAACCGUUAAAUGACUUACUUAAAAAAAAAUCAACUUUUGAAUGGACAGAUAACUGUCAAUCAGCUUUCGAACAACUCCGUAAUCACCUACUCUUACCACCUAUAUUAAGUUACCCUGACUUUUCGAAGAAAUUCUAUCUAACCACAGACGCCUCAAACGUAGGCUGUGGUGCAAUACUAUCACAAGUAAUUGAUGGACAAGACCUACCAAUAGCUUACGCAAGUAAAGCUUUUAACUCGGCAGAUUCCAAAAAACCUACGAUUAUGCAGGAAAUGAUCGCUAUCCAUUGGGCUAUCGAUUAUUUCAAGCCAUAUUUGUAUGGACGGAAGUUUAUAGUACGAACAGAUCACAGACCACUGGUGUUCCUUUUUGGUAUGAAAGAGCCAACCAAAAAACUAACACAAAUGCGUCUGGAUCUCGAAGACUAUGACUUUGAAAUAGAACAUAUUAAAGGAACAAAUAACGUAGGCGCCGAUGCAUUAUCUAGAUUAAUGUCAUCUGACGACCUAAAAAAUAGAACAAUACUCAUGGUUAACACCAGAUCCAUGACUAAAAAGAAAUCAGCUAAAGCCAAGGAUGACGUUUCCACAUACACGAAGCCUGAUCAACUUCUAGUUAGCGAAGCUGUCAUUUUAAAGGAAGCUCGAAAUUCUUUUAAAUUAACAACAAAUCUCAGUAACAAUAUAAUGGAAUUCCAAAUAAAAAGCGAGAAUUAUAAAAAGACGCAUGCAGCAAUACAAUUCAAUUACAAAAAUGAAAGUCAGACACUCGAGUCUGCUCUUUCAAAAUUGAAUGAAGUUAUGACAAAUUUAAAGAUAAAACAAAUCGCCUUAUCAUUGAGCGAUCCAUUAUUCUCGCAAAUCACAGUAGAACAAUUUAAAUCAAUUGCUACAAAAAUUAUAAAUAGUUUUGAAAUUUUACUCUUCAAACCUCCAAGACAAAUAGAGUCAAAAAUGGAAGUCGAAAAAAUAUUGCAUGAUUUUCAUAAUAGCUCAACUGGAGGCCACAUAGGACAGCAUAGAUUGUACCUAAAACUACGAGAUCUAUUCCAAUGGAGAGGAAUGAAAGGUUCUAUCGCAAAAUUCAUAAAGGCCUGUGAAUUUUGCAGAAAGAACAAAGUCAGUAAAAGAACAAAAGAAGCAUCUAUUAUCACAUCUACACCUCAGAAACCAUUCGAUGUGAUCUCUAUCGAUACGGUCGGACCGUUACCCAAAACAAGCAGGAAUAAUCGUUACUGUAUCACUUUACAAUGUGACUUAUCGAAAUUCGUUAUAAUAAUCCCUAUACAGAAUAAAGAAUCUAAUACUAUUGCUCGUGCAUUAGUAGAAGAUUUUAUCCUUAAAUAUGGUAACUUCUUGGAGCUAAGAUCUGAUAGAGGAACCGAAUAUUGCAACGAAGUUCUUCAGCAGAUCAGCAAAAUUUUAAAUUUCAAACAAACCUUUUCAGCCGCCUAUCAUCCAGAGACGAUCGGUGCAUUGGAGAGAAAUCACAGAUGCCUAAACGAGUAUCUGCGAUCAUUCUCAAAUGAACACCAUGACGACUGGGAUGAUUGGGUUGGUUUCUACACUUUUGUAUACAAUACAACCCCGCAUACAGAUUCUAAUCUUACACCGUUCGAAUUAGUCUAUGGAAGGAAACCAAAUUUACCGCAAGAUCUGAUGAACAACAGAACUAUAGAACCAGUUUAUAAUAUUGAGCAAUACAUGAAUGAAUUGAAAUUUAAAUUACAAAAAAGUCAAACUAUAGCAAGGGAACAUAUGAUCAAAGAGAAAAUUCAAAGAACUGCUGACCUAAAUAUCAAUCUAAACCCAAUCGACGUCUCAUUAGGAGAUUUAGUCUACAUAACCAAGGAAAACAGGAAAAAAUUAGACUCGUUUUAUACA